AUGGCGGAUGUACAGAGCAAUGAGCGUAAAAUUAAACUAACUAAAAACGGUAAAGUUGUGAAAAGACGCCUGAGAAAUCCCGAAGAAUGGCACAAACAAAAGCAGAAGCGUUUAAGAAUAGCAGGUCUAGAAUAUAUAAAUGCAAACGGCAAAGUUGUGCCACCAAAACAGCCUGGGCCAGAUUGUAAUUGUCGUAGACAAUGUUUUCAAAAAGUACCAGAAGAUGUUCGUAGAAAAACAUUUCAAGGUUUUUACUCAAUGAAAACCCACGAUGAACAAAACGCUUACUUAUUUGGGCUAAUGCGACAAGUGGAUGUAAAACGAAAAAGAGUAAAGUCUAGUAGUAGGAGAACAUGCACUUUUGAAUACUACAUACGAGUCAGAGGAAAAGAAACCCAAGUGUGUCAAACUGCUUUCAAAAAUAUACAUGCUAUAACUGAGAGGAAAGUUAGAGUUCUAUGUAAGAAAAUGGACGAUGGUAUCAUGUUUCCUAGUGAUAAUAGGGGAAAGAAUAGCCAUAGACGUUCAGGUGAAGUAAGACUUCCUACGGGAAUAGUAGAUCAAAUAAAAAAUCAUAUUUAUUCAAUUGUCCAUACUCAUAGACUUAAGGACUUUAUAAGACUUGAUAAAAUUGCUGGUCUGGAGAUAAACAUCUCUAAAAUGUGGAAAGACUAUAUAAAGACAUACGAUCCAGAUAAUAUAACAGCUACUAUGCCAAAAUCUAAAAGAAAUUUGGAAAUAGUUCCUAACAAAAAUGAAACGCCUCAACCUAUUGCCCCAGCCCCAAUACAACAAGAGACUUAUACUUCUUUGGCUUACCCUGGCAACGGCCAUUUAGUGAAUUUAGCAGAAAAUUACUUUGAUGGCAAUCAGUACCAACAGCAGUUGACUGCAGCACCAACACCUACAAACUUUUAUCCUGCCCAAAGUGGACAGCAUCCACAAGGCAUGGGUAUUAUACUGCAGUCGGUUAACCGGCCACCGCAACCGACUGCAUUUAUUUUACUACAAACAAAACCAGAACCCUCCCAUGAUAAACUUGCCCUAACAAACAAUUCAUACAAUGAUCCUAUAAGUAUAGAAAUGUCUCAAACUCCAGUUAAGUCUAAAAAACAGAAAAAAGAGCGAAAGAAAGGCCCCGUAGUAAAACAGUGGAGGUACAGCAAUAUUUUUCAUGAUGAAAUUAAUGGAGCAGCAUUGGCAGCAAUCAAAACGAGGCUGGGUAUGUACUAUGCAGAAAGUGAUGCUGCUAGAAAAAAAGCAAAACAAUCGACAAGCCCUCGGGCACAAGAAACUGUACAGACACAAACUGAACUGACUGUGAAGGCAGAUCAAGCUACAAUGUUAAGACCUCAGCACCAACUUAGAGCCACCCAUACGUUAACUAUAUUUACAUAA